UAGCUGUGGAAGCCCAUCGUCAUGAUUAAGACACUCUUAGCAACACUGCUGCUGACAUUUUCAGCUCAAUGCCCUACGCCUACCUUCCAUGGCAACUUAUUAGAAGUAAACCGUGCAAGUACGUUUAAUAUAAGUGAUUGUAUUUCACCUGACGUGCUGACGGAUGUUAUUUUCAAAAUAUCGGCGAGAAAUCAAAAUAUACAAGACUUAAACGAUGGUGCAGUGCAAAACCUAUUAAACCUAUCGUUCAUCGACUUUAGCAACAAUAGCAUCGAAAUCGUAAGAGAAGGUGCGUUUUUCAAUCUUCCCACACUUUCCAAGGUCUACUUAGCUGACAACGAAAUUAGUUGGCUUACUGAAAAUGUGUUUAAAGAUUUACCGAUGUUAACUUCCGUGCUGUUGAGGAAUAAUAAAAUUAGCGACCUGUCGCGGGGCGCUUUUUCCAAUCUUCCGUUGCUGGCUCGCGUCAAUCUCGAUGGCAACCGCUUGGAAAACUUUAACCAAGCUUGGUUUUACAAAACACCGGCGCUUACCGUCUUGGAGUUGUCGUACAAUUAUCUACGCAGAAUUCCUAGGGGCGCAUUCAUCAAUUUACCAAGCAUCACCUAUCUUCGUGUCGCAGGAAACCAAAUCGAGUUCAUUGACAAAGACGCAUUUAUGGGUUUAAGAGAUAUUGACACGGUAAACUUGAGUGGCAACAGAAUGAAAAGCUUUGAGAUUAACUUCCACGUCCCAUCGAAAUUAGUCCAGGUUUUUAUUGAUAAUAAUAAUGUAACGUUUAUAUCUGACAUGAUGUUGGAGACGAUGCGGCCCAACUUGGAAGUGUUUGGGAUGGACGCGAAUCCUUGGCAGUGCGAGUGCUUGGAUAAAAUAGUGAAUUGGAGUAUUGCGUUUGAUAUUCAGAUUCACUUGAGGAAGCAUAAACGAGGAAGCGUCGUGUGCGUUUUUCCAAAGAAGAAUUCCUUCCAGUGUCUAGAACGGAAUUUUGACGAUUUUGAAGAAGGUUUCUGGCUUCCGUGUGCGCGUGGAAAUCGGAAAAGUGCACUUUAUCGUAACUCAAUGGAGAAACUUUGAUUAAAUCCUUACCAUACUGUUUUUUAUUGCUGAAUAUGAAAAUUUUCGUUGGAACAUGUCGCAUUCAACGAAACGCGUCACAAUUGCAUAAUGACACGCAACCGUGGGGCUUAAAAGAAAAAUGCCGUUGCAAUAAGUGCUUUUCCUACGAUCCCCCUGAAGAUAAGGUCAUAAUAACGUAUAUAAUUUAGAGCUAUGAUAUUAGUCCCCAUU